AUGUUGUUUUCAUCAAAGACUCUUCUGCCAGUCCUGGCUCUGGCCUCCUCUGUCUCAGCUCAGACAUUCAGCGAGUGCAACCCUCUGACAAAUCCUGGAGCAUGCCCUCCGAAUCCUGCCCUCGGCAAGAGCGCUACUAUCCAACUCAACUCUCCCUCCGACUCCUUCACCGAACACGGCUCUAUCAACUAUGGCUCCGACGGGGCACAAUUCACCGUUGCGAAGUCUGGCGACAAUCCCACCCUCGCGUCAAAAUGGUACAUUAUGUUUGGCCACGUUGAAUUCGUGAUCAAGGCCGCACCUGGUCAAGGUAUCGUCAGCUCCGCCGUCCUUAUGUCAGAUUGUCUCGAUGAGAUUGAUUGGGAAUGGCUGGGCGGUGAUGACAACCAAGUCCAGAGCAACUACUUCCGCAAAGGUCAGACGGUGACUGGCUACAACCGUGGAGCAUUCCACGAUUCUCCUGGCACUCACGACAACUUCCACACUUAUGCCAUCGACUGGACUGCUGACCAGAUUGUUUGGUCAAUCGAUGGCACGACUGUAAGAGUCUUAGAGGCGAACAAUGCCGAGAAUGGCGACUACCCACAGACUCCCAUGCAGAUCAAGAUUGGCUCAUGGGCUGGCGGUGACUCUGGCAAUCCUCAAGGUACCAUUGAUUGGGCUGGUGGCCUGACAGACUACUCUGCUGGGCCAUUCAGCAUGUAUCUGAGAUCCAUCGCUGUCACCGAUUACUCGACUGGCAGCUCAUACACCUAUUCCGGGACUGAAGGCACUUGGCAGUCGAUCCAGUCAGAUGGUGGCAAUGUCAACCCCCAGGGCAAUGGCAGACCUGCUUCAGCAGAGAAUCCACCCGCAGUCACUUCGACCGUCCCAAAUGACAGCAGCGCUCCUCUCGCUUUCGACCCCCAUGACUCUGGCUCAGUCUACGCCACCAGAACGGGCUGGCCGUGGGAUGGGACCGCUACGGCUUCAAUCGUGCCCAGCGGUUGGUCGGUGGACGGGAACGGCAAUGCGCAUCCGCCUAGCUCGGGCGCUGUAAGUGCCGUCCCCGUCUAUGUACUCACCACCGCUCUCAUCAGCGGUCUCCUCUUCCGAGUCUGGCCCUGA